UAGCCCCUUAACCCAUUUCCCUCAACCUCAUUUCAAUUACUUCAACUUAAGCUCUCUUGUGUUUACCAAACUAAGCAUAUUUCACUCAAAAAUCACACAUUUUUUCAACCUUUUCUCCUUAUUAUCAAACAAAAAUGGCACCACCAAACCUCGAAACCGCGAUCACAGAGCCAACUAUGGCACCACUAGGGAAGCAUAUGAGCCGGGCCUAUGUGACUUUCUUGGCGGGUAACGGAGAUUACGUCAAGGGAGUUAUUGGGCUGGCUAAGGGCCUAAGAAAGGCUCGAUCAGCUUAUCCUUUGGUGGUAGCGGUGUUACCCGACGUGCCGGAGGAGCACCGUAAAAUGUUGGUUGCUCAAGGGUGUAUCGUUCGAGAGAUUGAACCCGUUUACCCGCCCGAAAAUCAGACCCAAUUUGCUAUGGCUUAUUAUGUCAUCAAUUACUCCAAGCUUCGCAUUUGGGAGUUUGUGGAGUACACAAAGAUGAUUUAUUUAGACGGAGAUAUACAAGUGUACGAUAAUAUAGACCACUUGUUCGAUCUUCCUAACGGCUACUUCUAUGCUGUAAUGGACUGUUUUUGUGAGAAAACAUGGAGUCAUACUCCACAAUACAAGAUUGGAUACUGUCAACAAAGCCCAAAUAGAGUUCGUUGGCCCGAAGAAUUGUUGGGCCCAAAGCCUGCUCUUUACUUCAACGCUGGCAUGUUUGUGUAUGAGCCCAGUAUCUCUACUUAUCAUGAUCUUCUCAAGACUCUCCAAAUCACCCCUCCUACUCCUUUUGCUGAACAGGAUUUCUUGAACAUGUACUUCAAGGACAUAUACAGGCCCAUCCCACCAAUUUACAACCUAGUGUUGGCCAUGUUAUGGCGCCAUCCAGAGAACAUCAACUUAGAAGAAGUCAAAGUCGUUCAUUAUUGUGCUAAUGGUUCGAAACCUUGGAGGUAUACAGGCAAAGAAGAGAACAUGGAUAGAGAAGACAUAAAAAUGCUAGUGAAAAAUUGGUUUGACAUAUACAACGAUGAAUCGCUUGAUUACAACUCGGAAGUUGAGGCUCAGAAGACAUUGCAACCUUUCAGGGCGGCACUCACGGAGGCUGGUGUUCUUCAUUAUGUUACCGCCCCGUCUGCUGCUUAGUGUUGAUGAUCUAGUGCAUAUAUUGUUAGCACAAA